UCAAAAAUGGCAAUAACAAAAUAGUGGUCUGCUUCUCGUUGCAGCAGCGGCUGCUUUUGCUUUCAACCUUGUGUAUAUUUAAAUGUCCUUAAAUAAAAAUAGAUAGCUUUUGAAUAUAUCGUUUUUCACCAUGGACGAAGAUGGUUUGCCAAUUGUUGGGUCUGGCGUUGAUUAUUCCCAAGUUGAUCCCUUGAAUCAAAAAAGAACUCUCACAUUCCUUAAUCAUUUUUUAAUUCGAACAACAUCUUUCCUUAACCAUUUUUCCUCUGUCUGUGAUGAAAAGCUGGAAAAUCUGCUCGUUCGAAUACAAAGGUUGGAAGCUUCAAUGUGUAUACUGGAAGCCAAGUUGGCUUCAAUUCCUGGCUUAGAUGAUGUUGCUGCUGAAUCAACUGAAAAUGCAGAAAAAGGUCCAGUUAGUGCUCCUGCUCCUGAAAAAGCUACUACAGCCGCCGGUAAUGAUGUAAAGCCUUCAAAUACAUCUCCACCAGCUCCUGAUACCAGUAAUAAACCAGAAGAAAAGCCUAAAAUGAAAAUUUCCCAAGACCCACGUUUUGCCAAAUAUUUCAAGAUGAUAAGCUUGGGUGUUCAACCUGGGGCUGUUCAACUCAAAAUGACCGCUGAAGGAGUAGAUCCAGAAAUUCUAAAUAACCCAGAUGCAGAAGCACCUCCAGGGGCUCCUCAGCCAUCCUCCGAUGAUGAGAGCGACAGAGAUACUAGUGACUUUAGUGACUAAUCACCAUUGUUAAUUAAUACCUUUGCUUCAUGUCUGUUAUAUAAAAUAAAAAUUGUUAAUUUGUUUCCAUCUA